CCUCACAAUAUAAAUACAGCUGCGCACUUUUAUCAUCAGAUACGUUUUCAAAACAGGAUUUAAAAUAGCAGUCACCACCCGAGAAAAACACUUCAUUUCUUAAACACAUUUUUAUUUUCUUCUUUGUAUUUCUGAGUUUUCUUACCUGCCGCCUCGUUUCUUGAAAAUGCCAUUUCUUGGACAGGACUGGCGGUCACCUGGUCAAAGCUGGGUAAAAACAGACGAUGGCUGGAAAAAAACGAUGACGGAUGAAAACGAGACGAAUAACAAUGUUUCAGAACGAAAGAGCUACUGCAAAGAAGAACAUGACAAGGAGAAUCUGAUCUUCAGCAUUAAUUACGAUGUGGCUGCAAAGAAGCGAAAAAAGGACUUGCUGAACAACAACGCUAAGAUUCCUUAUUUUCACAGAGAUCAAUGGAUUUAUGUCCACAAAGGGAGUACCAAAGAGCGUCAUGGAUAUUGUACUUUGGGAGAAGCAUUUAAUCGUUUGGACUUCUGCAGUGCCAUCAAGGACACCAGGCGUUUCAACUAUGUUGUAAGGCUGCUGGAGCUGAUCGCCAAGUCCCAACUACCUUCUCUGAGCGGAGUGGCACAGAAAAACUACAUGAACAUUCUAGAAAGAGUAGUACAAAAAGUACUAGAGGAUCAGCAAAAUGUCCGACCAAUCAAAGAACUGCUGCAGACACUAUAUGCAUCACUGUGCAGUCUCGUUCAGGACAUGGGCAAGUCAGUCCUGGUAGGCAACAUCAACAUCUGGGUUCAUCGCAUGGAGAAUAUACUGCAAUGGCAACAACAGCUUGACAACAUUCAGAUCAAACGGCCUGCACACAUAGGUAUGACAUUUCUUGAUCUGCCGGCUAGCUUGCAUCUGAAUAUCAUGCACCGCCUGUCUGAUGGACGAGAUCUGGUCAGCCUGGGCCAAGUAUGCCCCGACCUGAGUGUUCUGACAGAAGAUCGUCUGCUGUGGAAAAAACUCUGCCACUAUCACUUCACAGACAGACAGAUCCGCAAGCGUCUAAUUAUUACGGAUAAAGGGCAUUUGGAAUGGAAAAAGAUGUACUUUAAGCUUGGCCGGUGCUAUCCUCACAAAGAGCAGUACAGUGACACACUACAGUUCUGCACACACUGCCACAUCCUCUUCUGGAAGGAUACAGACCACCCUUGCACGGCUAAUAACCCAGAGAGUUGCUGCAAGCCAGUGUCUCCACAGGGUUUCAUCAACCUUUUCAAGUUCUAGGAGGCACUGCAUUGCUGCCAUGUAUAUAGUGUCAAUAGUGCAAAAGAUUCCUGGAUGACUUGAGACAGGGAAUAGAUGGAUUGGAUUAAGCAGGUAUCAUAUAAUGUUAAAAAACUUUGGGGAUAUCCGAGAAAGAAUUUAUGGUAACUAAAUGUUCAAAAGAAAGAUACACAACAAUCUAAACUAAAAAGCUAUUGGAGGGAAAUGUAAAAACAAAAAAACGGUCCGUUUAUUUAUAAGGGAUCUCUUUAUUUAUUUUGCAUGAAUCUUGUUUACUCAAAUAAAAAGUUUGAACGAUGGCUAGAAAAGGAAUGUUUGAAAAGCUCCUACUUGCAUAAAAAGCCCUUAUGCUGCCAGGAUUCCCUGGUCUCUUCUGUGAAUGUUAUAUAGGUUUGAUUUACAGCAACAAAAACAUCUGUUGGACUAUUUUUUUUAAAUUUAAGAUGGCGUAUUGGUGCUUGUGGCAAGUGAAGUGCAUGAAGAAGGUACUGUAUGUUUACCAAAAAUGGCCUUAACACUUGUGUGCAAUACUUUUCCAAAUGCAUUUUUGUUUUCCUUUUUCACUUUUAUACAUUUUAUAUUUUUAGUAGUUUGAGUUUAAACAUGCGUCUAAAUAUAAUAAAUACAUGAGUUAAUACUAAUGCAUAGAUCAUUAAAUGUACCAUUUUGAGUGGUCAAAACCAAGGCUUCCAUGUUUGUCAUUCACUUGCAAAUUGCUUUAUCUGAAUAAAACAUGUAUCAUAUUUUCAUUCAGAUAUAUGGUGGAAUUGGUUAAUUUAUUUAGAUUUUGUUGUGCAAAUUCUCACAACUGAAUGUUCAAUAACUCUUGCAUGCAUUGAGGUUUUGAUACCAAGAGGUUUCAUUUUUGUAACGUCAUUUCUCUGCAUAUGUUAUUUUGGAUAAGGAAGACAGGCUAAUGGAUGUUUAAAAUAUACAAGUCUAAUGCUCAUGAAGAGCCACAUGUCACUGGUCCUGUUGAUGAUUAAACCAAAAAGACAACUAUC